AUGAAGACGACGACGGAAACGACGACGACGAGUGAAAAAGAAGAAGAAGAAGAAGAAGAAGAUGUCGGUGAUGGUGAUGGUGGUGGUGGUUUUGCUGCUGCUUUGUUGGGCGUGGAAGUAAAUACGAAGAAGACAAAGAAGAAGAAGACAAAGAAGAACAGUGAAGACAUCAUCGAGGACGGCGGAGAAGAAGAGGAAGAAGAAGAAGAAGAGGGAGAGGGAGAAGAAGAAAUGAGGGGAGUCGAUGGGAGCGCAAAAGAGAAGACGAAUAAAGAAGGCGACGACGUAAACGACGACGGGACGACGAAGAGAGAAAAUGAGAACGACGAGGGAGGAGUACUUUUGAAACCUUCUUUGAUGAAGGAGCGCAAUAACGAGAAUGAUAACAACAACAACAACAACAACAAACAUCAGUAUCAUGAUCAUCAUUUAUGGCUCGGGCGAAGAAUGAAAAUAGAACGAGGCACGGGAACCGCCGGCAACUCGUACAAGAGGCCGACGAUAGCUUGCAUCGUCUUCCACGACCCGAGCGAGUCGCACCCGUUUCACGUGACGUUUGAAGAUGGAACAAACGCGUGGGUGAGAAUCGAGUGCACGUCGUUACCGACGUUGAACGUGAACGGACAGAACACGGCGAACGCGUCUGCACUUGUAGCGGACGGGGAAAUAUUUAUCCGAAACGAGGAUUACAAAGCGAACACGCGGUUGGGGAGUCAUGGGAAAGGAAACGGGAAGGAAAGUGGGGAGAAGAGCUUUGAAUGGUUGGGGGAUAAGUCAACCUUAGGUAUCGCUAUUAAUAACAACGGUGGGGUGAACAAGCACGCGAUGAAUAAUAAUAAUAAUAAUAAUAAUAAUGAUAAAAAAGGAGGACAACAGUAUAACAAUAGCCAGCAACAACAAUACCAACGAAGACAACAACAGCUUCGACUCCAGCAACAACAACAACAACAGAUGCGAAGGACGAACACGAGUAGCUUGGGACGACAACAGCAACAAUGGAAACCGAAACGCGGGAUGCAACAAUAUGGUAAUAAUAAUAACAACAACAAUAACAACAGCAACAGACGUGGGAACGGUACCGGCCAACAAGGUGGAUAUUUCAACGAAGCUGGUAUGUAUGACAACUCGUACAUAGGUUUCGGAGGUAUGCGAGUGAACGAUAAUUGGAACGCGAAUAAUAAUAAAAAUAAUAAAAACAACAACGCAAACGCAAACAGUUAUAACUUCCAGCUUCAACAGUAUCAGCAACAAAUGCAACACUUGCAAAUGCAGCAGCAACAACUUCAAAUGCGAUACAACAACGUUGCGAACAACAACAACAGCAACGGGAAAAAGAGCAAGAAGAAAGGCGCAAAGAAAGAUACGCAUAAUAAUACCAUGAACGAUCUGUACGGCAGUGGCAACAUGAUGAAUUUGCCGCCAUUGCAACUGCCACCGAACGCCACUCAGCAACAACGUUAUUCAAUGCUUCAACACCAAAUGCAACAGCAACAGCACCAAAUGCAACAACAUAUGUUUCAGCAGCAACAGCAAAUGCAACGCCAGCAGCAAAUGCAAAGGCAGCGUCAGGAGCACCAACAACAACAGCAAAGACAACAUCACCGCCAACAAAACGCGCAACAAAAAAAUUCGCACCAUAAGAACACUGGUGGCGGUGGCGGUGGUACAUCGUCACCUCGCGCGAAGAAUAACAACACUGGAUCAUCGCCUGCGAGAGGUUCCAGCCGUAUGAAUAACGAUACGACGGAAAUGUUAGCUCCGUCACAACCUACGCGACCUUUAGCCGCGACGUUGUUUGAGCAACACGAAAUCGCGAGGUGUACCGUGUGUGGCAAGGUGUGUAAGUCUCACCCUGGUUUUGUCGCGCACGUAAAAAAACACGCGGAAGAACAUCCGGCGAAAGUUCGCGCAAUGCUCGCCGCAUCGAAAAAGUAUCGAUCCAAACAGCCGCAUCGUAGCGCUGAAUAUCUCGAGAAAAUGAACGCUGCGAACAACAAUAAUAAUAUCAUUAACACUGCAAGCGCAAAAACGACUACAAAAACGACAUCGAGGGCAACGCGAGCCGAGCGAAAGCAGUCACCGCAUCCACGAGUGAACGAGUUUGGCAUGUCUGGAUUCGAACCGUACGUAUCGGACGAAGAAGUGCCCACGGUCACUACCGGUCGCGCAAGACGCCAAGGUGCCGGACAGAAAAUUGAAAGCGAUUACGUCUAUGCCGGAAACAUGGAGAAGAUGCGAAGAGCGCGAGAGGGAAGAGGCGCGCGAGGAAUGUCGCAAGAACCAUCCAUGCCGCCGCCACCACCACCACCGUCGCAACUACAACAACAACAACAACGACAACACACGUCGAUGCCGCCGUACGACCCGAACAUUCGUUCGGAUAACAACAAAAAACGAACAUUCGUGAACGUGCCUCGAACGUGCGAAAAGUGCGGACGCGUUUGUGCUUCAGCCGUUGGACACGCCAGUCACGUCCGCGCGUGCAAGAAGCCGCGUCGGAGUUGA